AUAAUGUGAUUAUUGGAUCAUAUGGUAGUUCUAUUUUUAACUAUUGAGGAAACUCCAUACUAUUUUCCACAGUGAAAUCCUGUAUCUUUGUUAGAGAAUCUUUUUCUUUUUAAACAGAAAUUUAAAGAGUUUAUUCUAAACCCAGUAACAUUUAAAGAGGACAGCACAUUGGGCAAAGUUUUGAUGUCUCAAUAUUGUGGCACUAAACAUACACCUCCUGCUUCCAGAUCGCAAGACUUUGGCACGUCCCUCUGCAGGAACAAUGGCCUGGGUGGGAAACCAGACUCUGAUCUCCCACUUCAUCCUCCUGGGCCUUUUCACCCAGUCACCACUGCACUUCUUCCUCUUUUCCAUCAUCAUGGUCAUGUUCCUGGUGGCCCUCUCUGGAAAUGGGCUCAUGAUCCUCCUCAUCAAUGUCGAUUCUCGCCUGCACAACCCCAUGUACUUCUUCCUCAGCUGGCUGUCACUCAUGGAUCUCAUGCUCAUCUCCACCAUUGUGCCACGGAUGGCCACUGACUUCCUCCUGGGCCAUGGCGCCAUCUCCUUCACAGGCUGUGGGCUUCAGAUCCUCUUCUUCCUCACUCUCUUGGGGGAUGAGUGCUUUCUGCUGGCCUUCAUGGCCUAUGACCGCUAUGUAGCCAUCAGCAACCCACUGAGGUACUCAGUGGUCAUGAGCCGCCGUGUCUGCUGGCUCAUGGUGACAGUGUCCUGGCUCUUUGGCCUGGUGGAUGGACUUAUCCAGGCCAUCUUCACCCUGCACUUUCCCUACUGUGGCUCCCAGGAGGUUGAUCACUUCUUCUGUGAGGUCCCUGCCAUACUGAAGCUGGCCUGUGCUGACACCUCCCUCUAUGAGACCAUGAUCUAUGUCUGUUGCAUCCUAAUGCUGCUCCUGCCCUUCUCUGUCAUCUCUGCUUCCUACCUGCAGAUCCUGGCGGCUGUGCUCCAUAUGCGUUCUGCUGAAGGUCGGCAGAAGGCCUUUGCUACCUGCUCCUCUCACAUGGCAGUGGUCUCCCUCUUCUAUGGGGCUGCUAUGAUCACCUACAUGCGACCCCAGGCCUACCACUCCUCCAAGCAGGACAAGGUGGUCUCGGCCUUCUACACCAUGAUCACCCCUAUGCUCAAUCCACUCAUAUACAGCCUGAGGAACAAGGAAGUGGCUGAGGCUCUCAGAAAACUACUUAGGAGGUGUCCCUGUGGUGGGGGUCAGGGCUAGGUUGACAUUAGCACCUGCAGAUGGGGGUUCUGGGGCCUGGGAACUUGGAUUAGCCUCUGUAGUUUUAUUGGAAGAGAAACAAAUGUGCCAUACUGAAAAUAAAAGUCAUUCUUUUACCAGAGUUAAUCAGAUUAAUACAUCAAUUCAGUUCAUCAUGUCCAUGCUGAGUGUGGAUAGUGUGGAAGGAGGGCUGGGUCAAUGCGGUUACAAAGAAUAGAAGACACAAAGCAUAUAUCUCAGAGUCAGCAAGUAACACGUUUCAGCUAUUUUCCUUGCCAGGAAUUACCAACAGCUGAAGAAAACACCUUGCUCAAUGUGCUUCUCUUUGGAAGGCUGCCUGAAUCCCGUGACUGGCCAAUU